AUAAUGGUCAAUAGUCCAUGAUCAGAUUAAGUGUUUCAUAAUGUAUUCAAAUUCAAAAGCUGAACAACAAAUUCUACUGUGCCAUACUAAAACAUAUUUACUUUAUGUGUAUGGUGACUCUACAUUUCCACUCAUCCACCAACCCCAUCCAAAACCCUAUUCAGUAAAGAGAAGCUGAUAUUGAAACUUUCCUAAAUUGACAACAACUAAAAUCUGAAUGCAUGUUGCAUAUUAUAUAUAUGUAAAGAAUGACAAUAAUAUGAGCUUUAGUGCUAAUCCAACAGCCUUGAAGAACUGGAGAGUAAAAUUGAUAUAAAGUGGCCGUACCUUAAAGACUUCAAUUUGUAUAAAAGACGAUGAAUAUCUUUUCAGUUGCAAUUAUCAACAGUGAUGCUUUCUCUUCAACAUUACUGGUGCAAUGAAAGAAAUGCUUCGUGAAUUGUACUCCCAAUAAUCCUCUUCUGUAAGUGCUAGUGUUUUCUCUUCUCCUCUGGGGCAGCAUUCAGAAUUUGGCUCAAGUCCAAUAUCUAGGCAUUUUUUUUGAGAGGUCAUAGUAUCAAAUCUGUGUCACAAGCCUUCGCCUGUUACCGAAAGUUUGCAUCAACUAUGCAUUUCAUCCAAUUGUACUUAUCCCAAAAAAAAAACAAAGUGAAAUAUGCCAGAAUUCGACCUACUGACUGUCUAUGCCAUACUAGAGGAGUGUGCCAUUGCUUCUUUCAUUCCGUUUUCAAGAUAUCUUCAGGUAAAAUUCUGGAACCAGACUCAUAAUGUGAAGUGCACCAGCUUGUCUUUACUUUAUCCAUUUUUGUUUUUUUUUUUUCUCCUUGGUCUCUUUGUCUGAGUUGUUCCUUUAAAAUUAUCAUCAUUGUGAUCUGACAUCCAGUUAGCAUGACAUUUGUCAUCAUAUGGAAGUAUGGAACAACCUGUCCAUUGAUCAAUGGUUCUCCUGCAUGAAACCCUUUUCAUAUUUGCAUAACAGAGAUGUAAUUUGUUCUAGGAAAUUGUUCUUAACUACAGAAAGAACACAGAUAGUGCUGAUGGUGUGAUGGUUUUGAAAACAGGUGAUGUGCUGCCACUCUUCUCUAUCCUCAGGACAAAAUUAAAAUGGAUGUUUAUGCACAAUUUUGACAAGGCAGGAGAAAUAGUAUAUGUACGAUGCCUAAGCAUUUUGCCUUCCAAAGAAUAUGGAAAGAGAGUUAUUUUGCAUAGGCAUUUGAAUGAGUUAUUUUUUUCCCUGGGAUUUUCCAAUCAAGACUUCAAAGAAAAAAAUGCUGGCGUUUUCAUUCUCGGAGUUAUCAUCAAAAUAGAAUACCUUAAUUAACUUCCUAAUUGAUGGAAAAAGAGUGAAAAACAUGAGGGGGCAGUUUCAAUACUGAAGUAAAAAUACAUGCCUAAA